GUUCUUCUUCUCCUCAUAGUAGUAGUAAGCUCUCGCAAUCGGAAGACGUCGUCAGUGUUCUCCGUCGGUGGGCGUAAGCUUCUGCAGGUAAAGACUCGUUCAUUCUGUUCUAGAAUAUGUCAGAUUCAAAGUCUCGAGACGGUGACAUGACUAAGAACUCAAAGAGAAGAAUUCUUGAUGCAGACGAAGUUGGAGGUUCCAAAAACGAAAGCUCCAGGCUAGAGAACCUAGAGAAGAAGGACAAGAAACAAACAUCGAGGAAGCUUGAUCUUGAUGCAGACGAAGAUGGAGGCUCCAAAAACGAAAGCUCCAGACUAGAUAACCUAAAGAAGAAGGACGAGAAACAAACAUCGAGGAAGCUUGAUCUUUAUACUGACUUUGAGCCAACAGAGGAAGAGAAUGAUGCAUUGCCCUUAGAUUGUUCCAUUUGCAAAAACCCAUUCUUUGAUCCUGUUGUCACCAAUUGCCAACAUUACUUCUGCGAGAAGUGUGCUCUUAUGCAUCACACUGAGAACAUUAAUUGUUUUGUGUGUAACGAGCCAACACUUGGGGUUUUCAGCAUAGCCGUGGAGGUCGAGGAACGAAUAGAGGAAGAGCGUGAGAAAGCCAGAGCUAUGGUGAAGGAGGUGUCAGAGAUGUUGAGGAAGGCAUCGGUGAUGAAUGAUGACGCCAAGGGCGCAGCGGAAAGAGCGGUUAAAAUGGUGGCAGAGAUUGAAACAAUGGUGAAAAAAAUGGCGGCUAUGGCGAUCAAGGCUGAAGAAACGGCGACUAUGGCGGCUGAGAUGGUGCAAGAAGCAGAGUACACGAUGGAGACGGCUAAAGCAAAUAUGGCCAAGGCGUUUGCGGUGAUGAGGACAGUGUCGUGGGACGUGUAAAAUUG